GGUGGUAGUUCCUACAUCAGGGAUUGCCAUGUUAAAACAAAUUUUUGUUUAUUCUAGUGACAAUAACAGAACAUUUGUGCAAUGCCGUUUUUUGGUCAAAAUUAGUCGCGUGUAGAUAAAUAGUGGAUGUUAUUUUCACACUUUUGGAAAGGCUAUUCUGGGAAUUCCCCAAAAUGAAGAAAGUCCGCAAAGAACCACGGCUGUUGGCCAAUGUAAUGGAAGCUAUUGCUUCCUUCAAAGAACGCCAGGGAUCAACUUCAAAGCAGAUUAUUGAAUUCAUUAUCAACUAUGUGAAACGAAGGAAAGACGGUCCGCGCAAUGUAACGUUGCAAGUGAAGAGAGCCCUGGAGCAUGGAGUACACUCCGGGCUGAUUAGACAAAGAGGAGGGAAAUACUCGCUUGGGUUUGAUCGGAAGGAUUAUGCUAUUUACAAGCGAUUUAAGCACUUUACGGAUGCCAACGGAGAUUGCAACUCUUGUAAAAGACGUCGCAAAGGCCGACGACGUGGACGCCGAAGUCGUCGAAGUAGACGACGGGGGCGUCGUGGCCGAAGACGCGCGUCCAUUGAGGAAGACGAUGCAGCAGACGAGACCGAUACAAGCGUAAGCCUAGCUGAAGGGACACCGGAGCCUAUGGACAAAAGCCGUCGGCGUCGCCGUCGCAGAGCCAGGCAAGGAAGAAGGAAGAAGUACCAUCGAACGAGAAGAGCAGGGACUCCAAUUGAAGAUUCUAGCGGCAGUUCAGAUGUAAUCAACAAGGAUUCUAAAGCAGGAACUCCUCCAGAAAACCGACGGUCUGAUCAGUCAAAGUCAGAUUAUCAGUCGAAAGCUGGCAGUACUCAUCAAGGGCAAAACCAAGAACAAGAUGGACCAGUAGACUGUGGAAAUCCUGAUUGUCUUUGCAACAUUAAACAGGAAGAAGACUCGCCUCAGUGUUUGUCCAGAGAAAAUAUCUAUUACAAUUAGAUAGGACCAUGCUUCAACUCAUCGAUGUGGAGCUGAACAAAUAUUUAUAUCUAGAGCUAUAAAUUAAAUAACAACCGUGGCAAUUUUAGUGUAUAUUGUGGACUGUGAACAACUUUUUACUUGAGAAAAUCAAUGGAAGUAAUGUCGCCUAAAAUUUAUUGUAUAUGUCCUGUUUUUGUGUCAUGUAUGUAAUAUAUCUAUACCAUUUUUUAA